AAAGGUGAGAAAUGUCGCAGCUUCAUUGACCUGGCCCCGGCGUCGGAGAAAGGGGUGCUGUGGCUGUCGGUGGUCUCCGAGGUGCUCUACAUCCUCCUGCUGGUGGUCGGCUUCAGCCUCAUGUGCCUCGAGCUCUUCCACUCGAGCAGCGUCAUCGACGGGCUCAAGCUCAACGCCUUCGCCGCCGUCUUCACGGUGCUCUCAGGCCUCCUGGGGAUGGUCGCCCACAUGAUGUACACUCAGGUGUUCCAGGUCACCGUGAGCCUCGGCCCUGAAGACUGGAGGCCGCACUCCUGGGACUACGGAUGGUCCUUCUGCCUGGCGUGGGGCUCCUUCACCUGCUGCAUGGCGGCCUCUGUCACCACGCUCAACUCCUACACCAAGACGGUCAUCGAGUUCCGGCACAAGCGCAAGGUGUUUGAGCAGGGCUACCGGGAGGAGCCCACCUUCAUCGACCCCGAGGCCAUCAAGUACUUCCGCGAGAGAUGCAAAAUCGAGGCCCAGAGAGGUGACAUGACUUAUCCAAGGUCACUCAGCUGGAUGGAGAAGGGGGACGGGAGCGAGGAGGAGGACUUCCGCUUGGACUGUCACCACGAGAGGUACCCCGCCCGACACCAGCCGCACCUGGGGGACUCCUGGCCCCGGAGCGCAGCCCAGGAGGCGCCCGAGCUGAACCGCCAGUGCUGGGUCCUGGGACACUGGGUGUGACCGAGCCCAGCCCAGCCCCAGACGCCCACCGGAGCCUGGUCUGGGGCCUGGCACCCGGUCUGUGUGGACUCGGUGGCCGUGAGGGGACGCCAGGCCUGUCCUGCCACCACCCGGGUCUCGAGCCCCAAGUCGCGCCAGGGUGGCCCCGGGGGCUGCUGGCCACACAGAGGGGACGCCAGCUCUGGACUCCUGCCACCACCGCACGCAGCGCCCCGCUGGGCACGGCCCAGAGAGACCCAGGACACUGGCCACUGAGUGCUGACCCCCACGAACAGCCAGGAAGCUGAGGAGGUGCCCAGAGGGACAGACCCUGUAGGAACGUGGGGAACUGAAGGACAGGGCAGCGGCUGGCACCGCGGAGGGCCACCCCACAGGCACACAGCAGGAGCUCAAUAAAUGCUUGCUGAACCUGA